UUUGUUGUACGUAUAUUAAGUUUUGCAGAUCGAUCCCCCCAAAAACCAAAGGAAAACCUUUCAUAUAAAUUUAAUAUACAUAGAUGUCCAAUUCCAAAAUUGCAGGUUUUAUCAACUUUAAAACUUGCUGAAAAUAUGCUACGGAACUUAUUGUUUAGCACUCAUGGAAAUUAUAAGAAAGCUCAACACUUACUUGCCAGGAACAAGUGCUGGGCAAAAUUCACGGGAACAAUAGGAACUCAAGUGGUUUUUAGUAAAAGUCAUCAGAUUGCAGCCAACCCCAAGAUAAUCCAGCAGCAACUGUCACCCACAGUUUUAUUGACAAGGUACAACUUUGGAACAUCUCCCAACUUGGAAGGUUAUAAUUCUAAAUCGACUUUACAAAGUUAUGGGCUCCCCUACAAUUCCAACUUUAACAAUAACAUUUUGGCGAAAAGCAUUUCGGCCCAUUCUUUGAGAUCGUUGGCUGAGAUACCAGAAAAACGUAAAUAUUGCACUAAAACAGAUGGAACUUCUCAACCAGCACUGAGCAAAAGAGAACAACUGAAAAAAGCCUUUAAAGAUUAUGGAUCAACUAUAGUGAUAUUUCACGUUGGUAUAUCACUGAUAUCUCUAGGAGGUUUCUACAUUUUGGUGUCCAGCGGAAUAGAUGUCAUUGCUAUGAUUGAGAAGACUGGAUUUGCUCCGUCCGCACUUUCUAAUAAUGUUGCCAUUGCUGGAGCGAGCAACUUUGUAAUUGCUUACGCCAUACAUAAAAUAUUUGCACCGGUUCGUAUAAGCAUUACCCUGGGAGCUACACCAUUUAUAGUACGAUUCCUGCGAUCAAAGGGAGUCUUAAAAACUGUAGUAUCGUCUAAAGCAAAAGCAAAAUAAGAUAAGCUUAAUAGGAUUUUAAUUUAUUUAACCACACGGGAAAGGGUAUGCUCACAUUCUUUAAUGGUGAUUCAUUACUUUGAAGGAACCUGUAAUAAAUGUCUAGACUGCACUAUCGUAUGAAAACACCAUAAAUGUGUCUAAAUAAAAUUUUAUUUUUUUGAAGUAAAUAGUAUUCAAAAUACAUAUUAAUGUUAUACAAAUGUACUAUUUAAGAUUUGAAUUCUUUUGGAAUUUUUAAAAUUAAUAAAAACAAUUUUUGUAAAAUGUGAA